AGAGCGAGUAAGAGGGGCUUAAAGCAGCAGCAUACCACUAAAGAUAACCAAGAAAGACAAAAAGGAGAGUAUUAUUUUUCAUAUUAAUGAUUUUUCUUGCUUUAAAUCAUUUUUGUUCUUUUACUGGAAUCAGUGACGUCAACAAGUUUUAAAAUGCCUCAAAAAACAGUUGGAAUCUGGAGCUGAAAUGGACAAAUGCAGCAGGUGAUCCAGGAGACCUGCAGUGAUGGAAGGUGUCAGCUGUGUCACUGUGUGGUGGGGACGAACAGGAGAGCUGCUGCUGCUUUGGAUUUCCAUCACAGUCCCUCCAUCCCUCCUGCAGCCUCCUUUUCCUCUCUCCCUGCCAGUCCAGAUGUCAGUCACCCCCCCUUCUUGGCAGUUUCUCCCUCUGUCCCAAGCAGAGCUGGGCCCUCUUUUCUCCAACUUUAGCCCUUUUGCCUUUUCUCAGAGUAUGUUCAUGCUGCCUCCGACAGGGUGGGCUACCAAGCCCGGCCUCAGGGCUUCAUUUGGCCCUCACUCUGUGACACAGCUUUUAUCAGAGUCCGUCCUCCCUGCCUCUCCCCCUCUAUCUGCCUCCCUUCUCUCAGAGAGCGUGGAAAUAGAGCGGGAUAAGAGAGGUCAGGAGAGGUUCAGGGUGAGGGUACUGUUUCACAAGCGAGGCAACAUCAGUUCUGAUCUUCGGACCUGCAUCACUCUACUGGCUUUCAAGGAGACAGAGGAGCACAAGGCCUCCUGUAUCACACAGCCGCCUCUAGGUUUGUGUGUGGUAACUCUGACACUGCCCAGUUCCUGGUACAGCAAUCCACUUGUCAACCAGUCGCAUCCAUGGUACAGUAAUACCCGCCAUACACAUCAAUGGAUGCAGAAGCGAAAAUGGCAACGGAGCAUACGCCGUCACGGCAACCACCAGCAAGCAACUGCGCAGUUUCUGAGAUACCAUCCAAAUAUAGAUGGGGACAUGGAUGGUCCACGGGCCCGCAGAAACCAACGGGGUCCCAUGAAAAACCAAAUACAGCUGUACUACUCAGUGGUGGACCUACAGAUGACAUCAGCAGGAUGUGUGGAGGACAGAGAUGUGAAAUCCCAGGGGCAACUUUUCUAUAUCAAAGCAGUGACCCUGAAGGACGCAAAGGACAAGGGGAAAGAGCAGAGCAACACCAAACAAAACGAGCCCUGCACGAGCGGACAAGAAGAGGAGGAGCUCAAUCUGGACUCCCAUGUGGUGAUUCGCUAUCACAGAGGCCCAGUCCUAAUAGGACAGCAAAUCAGAGUCUCAGUGAAUCUGAGAGCUAAUGUCAGUGGUCAUUUUGCAGCCAUUAGGAUGAAGGUGAAGAAGGGCCUGGUGUCAAUAGUGGCCCAGAGAACUUUGACCUCUGACAUGUGGACAGUGACCCUGGAAAGAACCCAAGCCUCCAAACACGAUGUGUUGUCCAUCCUCUGCCACAGACAGAGAAAACUAAAGCAGCCACAUGAUCCCACUCUCCUCCAGCAGGUGGCGUGUUUGUCAGUCGACGGCUUGAGGCGCAGCUUCGGUGUUGCCAUGAUGGUGCCUGCUAAUUGGUGGGUGGAGUACUCCAGACGUACUACCGUCCCGCCAUCACAUGUAGGAGCAGUGAGCAUCUUUUCAUUCACAGAUCGUCACAUCUUUGGCAUUGCACCUAUAACAGAGAGUAACACGUUGAUCAACACAGCUAUACUGAACAACCAGCCCGUGCUGCUGCCCGUCAUUGUGCUGGCUGUAAGCCAUGACGAGAAGGUGUCAGAUGUUACCUCUGCAGUCACAUGUCACUCCAUCAAUGAGAAUAGUAUCAAGGUUUCCAGUGAUUGCUCUACCCUCUACGUUGAUGGCAGUGAAUCAGGAUUAGGGUCGACCUGUGCAGUGGUGGAGUUUCAUCUGGGCAUGCUCAGUGGGUCUGUGUGUCUGGAGGUUUGGGCUCCCUCCGUGCCCCUACAUGUCUCCUUGGCAGAUCCUACUCUCAAUGUCAUUGAUGGAUGGAACCUGAUCACAGAGAAAGG